CUCUCUGUACGGUACACGGGAGCGCGCGUUCAUUAGGACUGACCGCUCGCGCUUCCCGCUCCGCUCCGUGUUUUUGCGCGCGCUCCUUCCACUUUUCACCCCGAAUUACUCCUCCAUCUCUCUCUCUCUCUCACACACACACACACACACACACUCUCUCUCAGUGGGUUCAUUAUGAGGGAAGAUGGCGGCAGCGCGCGCAGGACUGAUGUGCCAGCGGUGGCGGCGCUUUGAUCUCCAGCAGCUGCAGAAAGACCUGGACGUCGCCGCCAACGCUCUCGCCAGCACACAGCAUGAGAACGAACAAACUCGGAAAAAACUCAUCGAGCAGAGCGACGAGCUGAAGAGACACACACCUGAGGAUUUACACCAACACAUCACGCCUCUGUUAAAGGGCUUCCAGUCUGAGAUCGACGCUUUGUGUGAAAGGAGUAAAGACUCAGAGGCUGCGUUCCUCAGUGUGUAUAAGAGAUUAAUCGAUGUCCCAGACCCCGUGUCUGCAUUAGAGGCAGUGCAGCAGCUGCAGCUCGCGGUUAUUAAGAUGCGCGACGUGGAGGCAGAGAAUCAGAAACUUAGAGAGAGACUGCAGGAGUACGACAGAGAAGUUGCAGAGGUCAAAGGUCAAGAGGAAACGAUUAGCGGUCUGAGGGAGAAACUGGAGUCUUAUGAACGUUUGGUUCAUUGCGUAACAGAAGAUGAGGAUGAAGAAGAAGAAUGCAGCGCAAGAAAGGAAAGGCCGUGCGAGAGUGAAGCGGUGAUGGUGGAAGUAGAGACAGCCAAUCAGGCUCUGGAGGCGGAGCUUGUGGUGAAGCAGAGAGAGGUGGAGCGUCUGAUGGAGGACGUACAGAAACUCCAGAGCAGCCUGACUGAACUCAGCGACUCAACAGCCAAUCAGAUCCGAGAACUACAGCAGCAGCUCGACUCCAAACACGCUCUGUUGCAGGAGUUCGAGGAGAAACUGGAGGCUCAGGCAGAUUAUGAGGAGAUCAAAAGGGAGCUGAGCAUCCUGAGAUCCACGGAGCUCCGGCCCUCACAGCCUCCUGCGGAACAGGGUUCCCCGAAACAGCAGGACGUGUCACUUCCCGGGCAGGAGGACAGCGGCCAAAACCAACCCGUUAACAGUGACCUCAUCGGUUCUGCAGAGUCUCAUCUUCCUGCCUCACCCUCCCGCACACCGCCUCAAUCUGGACACGCCCACUCACCGACUCCACCCCUUUCGCUUAUCCUCCAGAAGAGCCACGCCCCUCCCGAGUCGUCCCGCUCUUUCUCUUCUGAUCUGCUGAGGCGCAGCUUCAGUGCGGCUCUCCCUGCGCUCUCCAGGAAACCCUCGGUGAACCCGUUCCUCCAGCGGACGUUUGGACAGAACCUGCAGACGGACGAGGAGGUGGACACGGCCGAAAUCGCGCGGCAGGUGAAGGAGCAGCUGAUGAAGCACAACAUCGGACAGCGCGUGUUCGGACACUACGUGCUCGGGUUAUCUCAGGGGUCCGUCAGCGAGAUCCUCGCUCGCCCCAAACCCUGGAACAAACUCACCGUCCGCGGGAAAGAACCGUUCCACAAGAUGAGGCACUUCCUGUCUGACGAGCAGAACAUCCUGAUGCUGAGGAGCAUUCAGGGGCGACAGAGGGGCAGUAUCACCAGUAGAGCCCGUGUUCCUGAAAGCAGCUCUGAUGAAUCCCUAAAGUCCAUUUUUGAUCAAACUAAAAGGGAUGUGAAGGGAUACAAAACUGAAGGCGUCCACUCGUCUUUAUCGGUUUCCUCGGAUGACAACAUUCGCUCCGUCCUGGACGUCCAGCAGGUGGCGCCCAGUCCCACGAUGACCUCCGACUCUUCCAGGUUGGGCUCCAAACUGCUGUGUUCCACCAGGUCUGUGCUGCCGUAUUCACCUCUGGAGCUAAAAAGCGCGUCUUCGUCUCCUGUGGACUCCUGGAGGGAGCCGUGGUGGAGUGCGCUACACUGCGAACAGCGCAAAGACACACACUCUCAGGAAGACCCCGAGAUGUCCAGCACCAGCGAGACGCCUCACAGAAGCCUGUUGCUGCCUUCCUCUUCCUCUUCCUCUUCUUCCCCGUCCCUGCAAACAAAGCAGAUGACGCCGCUAACGUCCGAGCAGUACGAGCGAUUCCUGCAGCAGGAAGUGGACACGGCGGAGCUCACGCAGCAGGUCAAAGAGAAACUCACCAAGAGCGGCAUCUGCCAGAGAGUGUUCGGGGAAAAGGUUCUGGGCCUCUCUCAGGGCAGUGUGAGUGACAUCCUCUCUCGGCCAAAGCAGUGGAAUAAACUGACUCAGAAAGGCAGAGAGCCGUUUAUACGCAUGCAGCUGUGGAUUGAAGGAGACCUGGACGACCCCAAGAGAGCAGAGACCUCAGCAAGUGUAAGCCCCGCCCCCGAGUCUCCUGAGAGCUCGUCAGAGGAGCUCAUUAAGCUCGUUAGGGACCAACAGGAAGAGGCGGAGCCUGAGUCACAUGACACAGCAGUGAGCAUACAGGAAGUCGGGGUCACGGCGCCGGAACUCGACACCUCCUCCAUCAGCAGGCGGGUCAGAGAGGUGCUGAGCCAUAACAACCUCGGACAGCAUGUGUUUAGUGAAGCUGUUUUGGGCGUGACUCAGGGUUCGGUGUCGGAUCUUCUGGUUCGGCCCAAACCCUGGCGCAGACUGAGUGCGAAAGGCCGCGAGGUGUUUGUGCGAAUGCAGCGCUGGCUGAGCGACUCGAGUAACGUCCGCGACCUGAGGGGCGACAAACCCGCUGAGAGCACAGCACAUCUAAAGAGGCGAGCGAGCUCGGUGUGUGAGGACGGCGUGCCGGACAGCGGUGUGUGUGUGGGAGAGUCGGGACAGGAGUGUGUUCCCCAGCAGAAGAAGUCUCGUGUGGUCCUGAGUGCGGAGGAGAAGCAGGCUCUGAGGAACGCCUACCAGGAGAGACCGUACCCCUCACCAGGAACCGUCGAGGAACUCGCUCAGCAGCUCGGCCUCAGAGCCAGCACCGUCUCCAACUGGUUCCACAACUACAGGUCUCGUAUUCGGCGUGGAGCCUUCAAGGAAACAGCCGCAGCGAAAUCGGACGACGCCCCCGAGGGACAGACGAGCGGAACGCAGGAGUGUCCCGAGCUCCCAGACGCAACACUUAACUUCCCAGAAUCCUCUGCUUCGGCCGGAGUGUUGAGAGACAGCAGCCUGCGCCGGCGCAAAGCCGCCAACCUGAACAGCAUCAUCCACCGGCUGGAGAGAGCGGCGACCCGGGACGACGCCCACGAGGGGCAGGACGGGGGCGAGGGGCAGGAUGGGGGGGCGGAGUGUGUGUGAGCGCUUCCUCAUCAGGGGAACCGCAGGGUGGCUUACU